AUGGCGGCCGGGGAGGAAGUGCUGGCCCUGCAGGCCGAAGUCGCGCAACGUGAGGAGGAGCUGAGUUCCCUGAAGCAGAGGCUGGCGGCGGCCCUUUCGGCGGGGCAGGAGUCAGCGCGCUCGGUUCCGGUGUCGCCCCUGCCUCUCAGGGCCGCCCUGUCCCGAGAGGAGAUCCGGCGCUACAGCCGGCAGCUUGUGCUGCCGGAGUUCGGCGUGCAGGGGCAGCUGCGCCUGGCGGCCGCGGCCGUGCUCAUCGUGGGCUGCGGGGGGCUCGGCUGCCCACUGGCGCAGUACCUGGCCGCGGCCGGCGUCGGCCGCCUGGGCCUCGUGGACUACGACGUGGUCGAAGCGAGCAACCUGCCCCGCCAGGUGCUGCACGGGGAGGCCCUGGCCGGCCAGGCCAAGGUCUUCUCGGCGGCCGCCGCCCUGCGCCGCCUUAAUUCGGCGGUGGAGUGCGUGCCCUACGCCCAGGCGCUGACGCCGGCCACGGCGCUGGACCUCGUCCGCCGUUAUGACGUGGUGGCCGACUGCUCCGACAACGCGCCCACCCGCUACCUGGUGAGCGACGCCUGUGUGCUCGCCGGCCGGCCCCUCGUGUCCGCCAGCGCGCUGCGCUUCGAGGGCCAGCUCACGGUCUACCACUAUGGCGAGGGGCCUUGCUAUCGCUGCGUGUUCCCUCGGCCACCCCCGGCGGAGACGGUGACCAACUGCGCGGAUGGCGGGGUGCUUGGCGCGGUGACCGGGGUCCUGGGCUGCCUGCAGGCUCUGGAAGUGCUGAAGACUGCUGCGGGCCUGGGCCCCUCUUACAGCGGCCGCCUGUUGCUGUUUGACGCUCUCCGAGGCGAUUUUCGCUGUAUCCGGCUGCGGAGGCGCAGGCCCGACUGUGCCGCCUGCGGGGAGCAGCCCACCGUGACAGACCUGCAGGACUAUGAAAGCUUCUGCGGCUCCUCGGCCACGGAUAAGUGCCGCUCCCUCCGGUUGCUGAGCCCGGAGGAGCGAAUUUCCGUCAUGGACUAUAAGCGACUUCUGGAUUCUGGGUCACCCCACCUGUUGCUGGACGUCAGGCCUCAAGUGGAGGUGGACAUCUGUCGUCUGCCUCACGCCCUGCACAUCCCUUUGAAACGUUUGGAACGGCGGGAUGCGGAGAGCCUGAAAGUCUUGGGAGAAGCCAUCCGGGAAGGGAAGCAGGGCACACAGGAAGGGGCGUCUGUCCCCAUUUAUGUGAUUUGCAAACUGGGCAACGACUCCCAGAAAGCCGUGAAGGUCUUGCAGUCCUGGACAGACUUAGACUCUUUAACAGUUAAGGACGUUGUAGGGGGGCUCAUGGCCUGGGCUGCCAAAAUCGAUGGAACGUUCCCGCAGUACUGA